UCGAAGGCUGUCACUGCGGCGGUGGCUCUGUGUUCCGGUAUGUACUCGGCUGUGAAAUUUAACGUAUGUAUUUAAGUAUUUAUGUAUAUUUCUUGCUUGCGCGUUGUGGCCGCGCCUUCAUCAUUUUUUCUAUUGCUGCCAUGUAAUGUAACUUAAUGUAAUGUAUUGCCACCAAUGUUUGGACCCUUCAGGUCAUUUGUUUUGGGUUUCCCUUGCUCACGCCGAGUACUGCCCGUAACAUUUUGUAACAUUUCUGCGGUUGUAUAUGGGCAUGGCACGAUGGCAUUGGACACUUAUUGUCAAGCCACAUUGUAAUUUCUUUCUUGAUUCUCUUCUCAGUUUUUUUUUUUUUUUGCCUAGCGGCCCAUACUACUUGUUUGCUACUUACAGCACUUUGCCACCAAGUCCACUUUACACUUGCUCUGUUUUAAUUGUGUGAAUGAUUGUAUUAUUUAUUCGCGUCCCACGGGAGCACACUAGGAUUGCCUCAAUGAUAAUUGUCAACUGCUAUAAACCGUAAUAAUUUAUGUCAUGUUCCAUUUUCGCUCUAGAGGCAUUUUAUUAUGAAUAAAUUAUAUUUUGCUAAAGCUCCAGCCUUCCACUGUCGUUGGGUUUUAAUGUAAAAAACCCCCUUCCCUGCUUUGUCUUUGUCAGUUGAAGUCAAGUCGGCUACAACUUCUGUGCUACUCUGCUUCGGCAGUGGUUUUGCUGUGGUUUUGUUUGUAUUUUUCAUACCAUGAGCGGCCCAGGAGUCAGUUGGAUUUACCAGCUGUACCGCGACGAGUUGAUUCGUUAUCUCGAGGAGAACCAGCUUCCUGCCGCGGCGAGCGACACAGUGGCUGACAUGCGCGCCCGCCUCGUUCAGUUCAUACGCGAGAUCUCCCCAACCCAGACAAUGGAACGGAUCCCAUCAAUGUUGGCGGCCUCUUUCUUCGAGGAAGAGGUGGAGGAGGGGACGAGUAUUCCAGCCGACAUUGCGGCGGCCUUCUUCGCAGAAGACCUGCAGGAAGGGCCGUCGUCUCCCCCUCCUCCUCCAACACCGCCGGCCAAGACUUCGCCGCUGCUGUUGGUGGCCGGCCCCUCUGGGACAUGUCCCUUGGGUCGGCCGCUAACAGCCGACGAAAAAAGAGGGUUCCAGCUACAUACCAGCAGGUGCCGGCUCUGUCUAGCGGCAAAGUCGUGGCCAAGCUGAUGGCGAUGGACGCCCAGCGUGGUAGGGG